GCAGCCAGCAGUCCAUCCCUUUCCCUUGUCUACCCGGCCCAAUCCCCUUUCUCAGCCUCAAGCUCUAGAGCCUCAAGCCCUAAAGCUCAACAACCCAAUUCCCGUACCCCUUUCCCAAUUCCCGUUCGGGCUUCCUCUUUUCCCGAUUCCCUUUCGCCGUUCCCUUUCCCAAAUCCCAAUCUGCGCUUCAGGGGAGUCCAGCGCUCCGCACAGCCGCACUCAACACUCAAGAGUCAAGCCAGGAAGGCAGGAACUCCCAGCAGGCACUCCGCACUCCAGGCAGCGACCACAGUUGACAGUUCCCGACUUGCCGAGUUGCUGCCGCCGACCGCCGGAUAUUUUUCGUCAAUUCCGCCGAAACCGAAACAGCCUAUCAUUGGUGGUUCUUCAUCGAAUAAUUGACAGAUUGCUUGGUGUGUUACAUUGAGAAAGAUGUAUUUGUUAAAAUUGAGAAUGAAGUCAUAAUGAAGCGAUUUCAGAGUACGACACCUCGAAGACAAAGAUUGCCGCCUCUCAAUGAUUCUCCUUCAUUUGAUGCGUCAGACUAGUACGGAGUAUAUCAUUUCUUUGUUUGUUAUCGUGCCCCUCACGAGUCCUGUAUCCCAUAGAAUUUCACAUUCCGCACAGUUCACCGUUUAGUUACGGAAAAGCUUCCAUACCAGUCCUCCUUUCUGGUUAUUCUGCCGCACCACGCCCGCAACACUCUAGCUCUCAAUCACGGUUGAAGGUGACUUUCAGGUUGGCAUUGAUUUUACCAGUUACAAUGGUUGGUGUUGAACGGGCAUUCUCUUCAAUGAAACAUAAUCCAAAAGGUGGGAAUGAUGACACAUCUAUCAUAACCCCUGCAAAAGCAUUUCUUCUUCAUCUGAGUUGUGGUUUGGGCUUAGUUUCUGCAUUCUGGGUGGCACACUGUAUAUACUCCACCGGCAUCGUUUCAAAUCCUGCUCAAACCCUCCGUCUAAUUUUGGUAACUGAGUCUCCAGUAGUACUUAUGCUAUAUAGUCUCUUUCGACAUGAUCCAGAUCAAUGCUCUUACUUCAAAGCUCUGGGACGAGGUUUAUUGGGUCUUCCUGCUGGAGCUGUUUUAAUUGGGUCUGGAGCAAUUAUUUUGGGAGCACCGGUUGGUUUUCAGUACUUCAGCGUGACAUUGUAUUGGUCUCUUCUUAUGUCAGUCCUCACGUUUGUUCCAGCAGCUUCUGUGUUUGGGUUGUCGUUGUCUGAUUGGCACCGUAUAUUUGCUCAAACAAAACCAAAUAAAAACAUAGACUAUAUGAUCUGCUUUCCUGCCCACGGAGCCAUUAUUGGAGCAUGGUUUGGUGCCUGGCCAAUGCCACUUGAUUGGGAAAGGCCAUGGCAGGAGUGGCCAAUUUGUGUAAGCUAUGGAUCUAUUGCUGGUUACUUGGCAGGACUGGCUGUUUCCAUGGGUUUUGUCCUCUUCCAUAACCCCUACCACCACCCGCAUAUUAAAGGAGAGUAAUUCAUUUUUAAUAUCUUUGGGCCUUCUUGGCAGAAACUUCUGUAGUAUAUGUCUUUAUGCAUGCUUUCUACAGAAACCUUUGGGCCUUCUUGGCUUUGGUUCUCUAUAAUUUAUGUGGCAGCUAGUUGUUCUUUUGUUCUUUAUGUGCCUCUGAAUGUUUACUUAUUUAAUGAUAAAAUAACAAGCACAAAAGCAAUGAGAUAACCUAAAAUUAUAA